AUGGUUUUGUUACAAUUCUUAUGUGUGUGGAGUUCCUCAAAUGAGAGGAUUGGGUUUGUGCCAGAUUAUUCAGUGGUAGUGCGUGAUGAGUGUACUUUUCUCGAAGUCACUGCUCAGAAUUGGCUUCUAGCAUAUCGAAGUACACUAAUGAGUCGAACUGGCGCCAGACCUUCCGUCGUGGAGGCGAGUGGUGUAAAUACAAAGACAGCAAAAGAUGAUUCUUCGUGGACGGCCGUUCAAGACAAGCCAAGAGAAGACGUACUAUCUCCUCAGAAGUGGGACAUGUUUGUGAAUGCCACCAUUAGUACAGAUGAAUCGCUUCUUUUGUGGAUUUGUUCUCUAUCACUGAUUAAUGUUGUUAUCCAAUCAGAGUAA